UCUUACUUCCUGUUUGUCCUUCGCUCGCCGCUAAAGUGUCUCGGCCGUCCUGAAGCGGACCCACAGGACCACGGAGCUGGUCCAGCGGCUCCGGGUUGAGUCCACAUGUAUGUGCCGGCCCAGACCGCCGAGGAGUCGGCGUCGGUCCGGAUGGAUUUCACUUGGACUUUUAGCCGUCCAGAAGCUAAUGCUAAUAAGCUAAAAGUGCUUUUCAUGAUGGUCACCUGCUGUGUCUUCCAGUUCAACCAACUGUCCUUCAGGACAGACUGUUGUCCGUUUAGACCGGGUCCAAAUCAAGUCCUGGUCGUGGUAAGACCGAGUCCAGUGAGUUGUAGUGUUUGAUGUUUGGAUGCUUUGUACAAAGUUUUGGUUUUUAACUUGAUGUAAGCACCGCGAUGGCCGAGCUCCCCCACACAACUCCCACCUCACUGUGUUGCUGCCGAAAGUCCCCGUCCGCCGGGGGGCGCUGUGUCGGGGACUCCGGAACAGCCAGGCGAGCUCGGGGGUCCCGGCGGUGCACGCCGGUGGACGUGGCGUCGGCCUCCAACUUCGGCCACUUCCGGCUGCGUCACUUUCACUUGGACCUGCGCCUCAACUUCGCCAUGAAGGAGAUGAGUGGCUGGCUGGUCUUGGAUCUGGUCCCGCUUCAGCCGGGGGUCCACACCCUGGUCCUGGACUCCCAUCCCUCUCUGCUCAUCCAUGCCAUAGACUGUAAGCUCCCCGCCUACCCCCAGGAGGAGCCCGCCUCCCUCACAUAUCGCGUCGACCCCUUCGCUGAUUACGGCGCCGCCCUCAACAUCGGCCUGCCUGACGCCGCCCUCAAAGUGGGAACAGCGCUCCAGGUCACGGUCCGCUAUACAACCACCGAUGGUCCAGCGAUCUGGUGGCUGGACUCGGAGCUAACCUGCGGUCAAGGUCGUCCACUGGUUUUCACUCAAGGGCACUCUGUGUGUAAUCGUUCUUUUUUUCCGUGUUUUGACACUCCGGCGGUGAAGAGCACGUACACGGCCUCCAUCAGGGUCCCGGACGGUGUGACGGUGCUGAUGAGCGCGUGCCGGAGCUCCUAUUCCAAACAGGACCGGGUCUUCCAGUUUUCCAUGGACUUCCCGGUGCCGUCCUACUUAGUGGCACUGGUGGCGGGUGAGCUGCAGCACGUGGAUGUGGGUCCCAGGAGCCGCGUGUGGGCGGAGCCAUGCCUGCUGUCAUGUGCCAUGAAGAAACUAGGAGGCAGCGUGGAGCGCUGGCUGGGCGUGGCCGAGGAGUUGUUUGGUGCCUACUUGUGGGGCAGGUGCGACAUCGUCUUCCUACCCCCCUCCUUCCCCAUCGUCGCCAUGGAGAACCCCUGUCUCACCUUCAUCAUCGCCUCCAUCCUGGAGAGCAGUGAUUUCCUGCUGAUCGACGUCGUCCACGAGAUCGCACACGGCUGGUUCGGUAAUGCUGUCACCAACGCCACCUGGGAGGAAAUGUGGCUCAGCGAAGGCCUCGCCACUUAUGCCCAGCGGAGGAUCACCGCCGAGGCCUACGGCGAUGCGUUCACAUGUCUGGAAAGUGUGGUUCGAUUGGACGCCCUGCACAGACAGCUGCGUCUCCUUGGAGAUAACAACCCUGUGAGCAGGCUGCAAGUCAAGUUGGAGCCAGGUGUGAACCCCAGCACAUUGAUGAAUCUGUUCACCUACGAGAAAGGUUUCUGUUUUGUGUCGUACUUGUCAAAGCUGUGUGGCGACGUCAGACGCUUCGACUGCUUCCUUCGGGACUACAUCUCAGAAUUCAAGUUCCAGAGUGUUUUGGCUCAGGACCUAAUUGACUACUUCCUGGAUUAUUUUCCUGAUGUCACUCAGAAGGAAGGUGUGGAUUUUGAGCGCUGGUUGAACGGCUGUGGGCCUCCACCGUACGAGCCUGACCUGUCGGCAGGGAGCCCUCUGACUGGGCCAGUGCAGGACUUGUGUCGGCUGUGGACGAGCAGCGAAGACCUUGAUCUGCAGGCCAUGGCCGCCUUUGACCUUUCAACCUGGAGCACCUUCCAGAUCGUUCUGUUUCUGGAUCGCAUGUUGGACCAAGCCCCUUUCCCGCACGACAUGAUGUCCAGAUUAUCAGGUAGUUACGCGUCGCUCUUCGACGGCCUCAACGCGGAGGUGCAGGUGCGUUGGCUGCAGAUGGUCGUGCGUAGCGCCUUCUAUCCCGACCUCCCGCGACUUCGAGCCUUCCUGCACAAACAUACAUCCAGGAUGUACACGGUGCCGCUUUAUGAGGACCUGGUGGGCGGGGUGAUGAAGUGCGUCGCGGUGGAGAUCUUUCAGCAGACCCAGCGGCGCCUGCACCCCAACCUUCGGCGCACCUUACAGCAGCUCCUCUUCCAGGGCACCGCGGCCCCACCCCCUCAAAACAGCCCCACCCUCUCCGUCGUCCCGUUGCAGGACGUCAAUGUGUCGGCAUGACAAGGACUCAGAUGGCACUUUCUGCUGCCGUGGCAACAGCAAGCACCUCAAAGAUAACUUUUAAAAAUAUAUUAAUUGUUUUGGUUUUUUUUUU